GCGACGGGGGCGUUUGAAAAAAAGGCAGCAGGUCGCAAAAAAAAAAAGUGACAAUUCCCAGGCAAAGCAGCCACGACAGUGCCCAGUUAAAGCAGCCGCGACAGUUCCCAGUUAAAGCAACCGCAUCAAUACACUGCCAUGACAGUCACCACAAUACGCUGUCAAAACAGCCACCACAAUACACCGCCAUAAAAGCCACCACAAUACACUGCCAAAAGAACCAACGCGACAGCUCCAUCCCGCAGGGACAGCCCGUCGACUUUCACCAAGGCGAUUAUUUCCGCGCGGCGUAAUUUCACCCACGUGGAGAUUGGCAAGUAUGUACAUACCUGCGUGCAUACCUCUGUACACGCACAUAAAUUUAGCAAAACCGUGUGAAAUCAGAAAAAAAAAAAAAAAAAACAAAGUCGCCAAACUGCAAAACUGGCGAAUCCCCAAAUUGGCCAUUCCAUAGCAACCACGCACAACUGCCAAAAUAAUGAACGCGGAAAAUGACCAAAGGGAACAAGUUUUAAAUCGCAAAUGCUCCAAAAGAAAUUUUGAAAAAUUAAAUUCAUCCGAUAGUGUUGAAUUGUUAAGCGAUCUCUCUGCACUGUCUUCGAACAAGAGGAGUAAAGUAAUCCACUCAGCGGAAAAAAGUGAAGAUAAUUUUUUUGAUGAGCCAUGUCAUUUUGAUCCCUGUCAAAGAGGCAAGAGAAAGUUGGAAGGAAGUCCCCAUGAAAUAGAGAAAGAAAAAAAAAAAAAAAAUUUUACCGAAAUUGAAAAGAGCUAUUACAACUUGGUGAGUGGCAACAAUGAGGGGGACAUAUCGAACUGCUUAAAUGACUUUGCCUCUGAAGAGAUCCACGUACAAGGGCAAAUCGCAUACCAGUUGUGCAAAAACGAGGAGGACGUCUCCCCCCCGCACACUGCCACACCAAAUGAUGAGUUGUUCCAGCAGGAUGAGCAGUUGUCCAAAGGGAGGGGACUCAGUCAGUUGGCAAUUAUUCCUUUUGAAGGGGAGCACGCGAACAGCGCAUUCGAUUGCAAAUAUGAGAGGGGCAGUUCCAGCAGCCAUGGCUGGUAUGGAAGGCAUGACCACUUUGGAAGGCAUGACCACUUUGGAAGGCAAGACCACUUUGGAAGGCAAGACCACUUUGGAAGGCAAGACCACUUUGGAAGGCAAGACCACUUUGGAAGGCAAGACCACUUUGGAAGGCAAGACCACUUUGGAAGGCAAGACCACUUUGGAAGGCAAGACCACUUUGGAAGGCAAGACCACUUUGGAAGGCAAGACCACUUUGGAAGGCAAGACCACUUUGGAAGGCAAGACCACUUUGGAAGCCGUGCCAGUCGCCACAUCGGCGCGCGCGACAGAAAUGACGUGAAAAAUAUUUUCCACCUUUUAUCCAAAAAAGACAUUUUCUACAAAAAUUUAAUAAAAAAUCAAAUCAAAAGUAACAAACCGCUAAUGAUAAAGUGCGACAAUUUGAGUUUCUUUUUAAACAGAAAUAACUAUGGGGGGAGUUCCUUCCCGAAUCAGUUCGUCUGGAAUGUUAAAACGUCACACUUUGAUGAGAGCCAUCAGUUUGCUAAGGAUGUGAUGCCAUCCUCUGGAAUGAUCGAAGACCCAAACGGUGAACAAAAUUUACACCAUAUGAACGACGAAGAAAGCGCUCCACUCUUUUUCGGUUCGCUUAAUGAUGGUUCCCCCACCAUGGGUGUCAGCUCGAACAAUGGAGUUCCACUUUUGAGCAUCCCCAAUAAUGCCCAAGCCGAUUUGGACACCCCUUUUAAUCGCAUCAUUCCGAACAUUAACGUGAACGUGGGCGAGAAUGCUCUGACUAAUGUCGGUCCACACCCCUUCGCUUACCCCCCCGAGGUGUUGAACCCAAAUGAUGGGAGCUAUUUCGCCCCUGAUCGGGUAGCGCAAAAUGAUGAAGCCGGUCUGUAUAACCAACACGGUUGCACCAAUUUGGCCAUUCAGGCCCCAACUGAUCAUUUUAAUCCCACCCUUAUGAGCACAAAUCAGAACAGUUCUGAAAGCAUCGCCCAUGUGAAUUCCCUGAGUGAUGUUGGGAAUUAUGGCCAGACCAAUGAUUAUGAUGCUUACCAGUGAUUCUGUUGUAGGGCAGGAUGGAAAAGUAAAGGUGCAAUAAAUUUGCCAUCAUUAUAAGUGGUACAUUUUUUUUGCAAAAGGGAACGAGAUGGGAUGGACACCGAUUGGCGGUACUGAUUAGCUAGCCAACUGCGCAACAAUAUUCCUCUAACAAGCAAUAGAAAAUUAACUAAUCGAUUCGCCUCCCCGUCAAACCAUCUUCAUUUGAUUUGAAGGCACGCAUUCAUUUGCGCUAGCUAAAUUUUUGUGAUGUCCUAAACAGUUGGACCCCACUAGCAUCUACCACCACGACCACUCCAGCAUAAUGCCAUAUGCCAUAUGCACAGUGGAACAAGGUUAGAGAGGACCCAAAAAAACAAACCAUUUUGUAAUCCCUGUUCGCAUGGACUCACACAAGAGGCGAUUUUACGCCCCAAUAGAGCGAAUAAUUAGCACAGGAAGGUGAACGUCAGGUGCUGCCGCUUAGACGUACCUCUGCACCUAUGCCAGCCACUUUUGUACCAUAUAGGACACUUAUUUGUGUGGCCACGUCGAACAGUGUGGAAUCGAAUUAACCUCAAAUG